AUGGAUGAACUGAAACGCCGACUUCUUCAUCGUGGAAGUACCCUGUCUUCAUUCCGCUAUUGUACGUCGGUAACCCGUCGCCUUCCAAGCAAGAUUUUGCAUUCUCCAUUCAAAGUUGGUGCUAGGAUUCUUUUCAUCCUGUUCACAACAAUAGCUUCCAUCUCUGCUGGAAAUGAUGAAUUUAUUGGAAACUUAAUUGCUGAAGCCAUUGAUAAAAUCGGUCAUGAUGGAAUAAUUUUUAUUGAAUCUUCUUCAUCAAGUGAAACUUCUGUGAUUGUUGAAGAAGGAAUGAAGGGUUGCUAUUGUGAAAUGUCCUGGUGUUGGGAACAAAAGAAAGCUUUACUUCAAGAUAUUUCCCUCAUGAUAGCUGAUCCAUCCACAAAAGCUGAAAUCAAAGCAAGAAUUUCACAAAUAAAGAAAGAUCUUUUUGAAACAGAUAGUUCUUAUCCUUCUAAAAAGCUCGAUGAACGAAUUGCAAAACUCUUUGGUAGUGUUGCCAUUAUCAAGGUAAGGGCCCACACUGAGAUGGAAUUAGAAGAUCGAAAGCUAAGAAUUGAGGAUGCAAACAAUGCCACAUAUGUAGCCAUGGAUGAGGGUAUUGUGCCUGGUGGUGGGACCACUUAUAUUCAUAUUCUUGAGGAAAUUCCCUCCAUUAAAAAGUUAAUGGAAGAUCCAGAUGAAGAAAGUGGUGUCAACAUCAUAGCAUCUACCUUGCCAACUCAAAUGCCCUGCAGAUUGCUGGAAAUUCUGAUCCAGGUGGUAUUUGACUCCAUGCACGAGAGGUUGCGUACACAUGCUGAAUCUGUUGCUUCCUUUGGAGGUGGUGCUCGAGAGAAAGCCAUGAUUGAGUCAAGAUUUAAUGAGCUUCUUGCUCAUGCUAAAAUACUUCUGAGGAAGAAAUGGUUAUUUGGAGUACUGGAUGACUUUGUCACCAAACAACUACCCCACAAUGUUACCUCAGGAUUGCGCUUGUUAUAUGCUAUAGAGCACAAAGCUGAUCGUUCAUUGACUUCCACUCAAGGUGAGCUUGCACAUGCAUUGCGGUUUUUGGCAUCAGUUGUAUCUCAAAGCUUCUUGGUCUUUGGUGACAUCUUAGAGCUGCAUAGAAAGUUCAUUGAACUGUCUGGUGGUGUUAAUUGGAUUUUUGAACUUGAGGAACUUCUUGAUGCUGCACAAUCUGAUGAAAAUGUUGGUGCUUCAUCAAAGUCCAAUGAGGAACUUGAGGAUGUUAUCUCUCUUUUGGAGGUUGAUAUUAUCACGCCAACACAGAAUUUAUUAGCCAGAAAGGUUCUUUUAUCUUUUAUCCCCCGCUUUAGUAGCCAUCUUUGGAAAGCCCUUGUUCUCAAAACAAAACAGGAUAUGGACAUCCAAGAUAGAGAACUAGUAAAUGACUGGCUCAUGAUCAUAGUUUACAAAGAACGUGGUUUUGGCUGA